AUGGAUCUCACAUACUUGGUCGUUGCCGUAUUCGGAAUGUGCGUCUUGCGGCCGUGCAGUUCGCUGCCUGUAGCCGCCACCGCCGCCGCUGCUCCUACGCCUACCCCGUCGUCACCGCCGUCGCUGCAGGUCGCCGCCGCUGUACCGGCCAACCGCAAUGACAAAAGGUCCAGGUCGCUGUUCCAGUCACCGCCGCAGGCUCCGCAUCAGUACCAUCUCCACGCCGGCGGCGCGGUCGAUCUGUACGACGACGUGAUGGACGACUUGCCGUAUUACUUGCAACACCAACAACAGCCGCACCAGCUCCAGCACCAGCAACAGAAACAGCAACAGUUGUCUCUGCAGGAUCCGGCCGACGAGGACGAGCUGAGGACCGUCGACGACAGCAACGCCGUCGAUCAGGAUAUGCGGCUGUCGAGCCGGGCGCGACCCGCCAAGCCCGACUCGCCCGUGUACUUUAUCCGGUUACCACCGCAACCGUACAUGUACGUGCCCGGUUACGGUUACGUCAGCCAACCGACGCGGUUGGAACCACCGCCGUUCACGCAGCGGCCGCACUCGCCGUUUCUGAACCUACCACUGAGCUACGUGUCCAACGCUAAGCCCGUGGGAAUAUACACGCUGCCGCAACAGCACCACAACCAGUACCAGCACCAACAGCAGCAGCAGCAUUUGCCGGGCAAGCCGCAGAAACCGAACAGACGUCCGCAACCGUCAUCCACGCCAUCGCCACCACCCCCGCCGCCUCCACCUCAGCAACAGCAACCGGAUUCACCGAUCUACCAUCUAGACAAAGGCCCGUACGUGUUCAACGGCCGCCCGACAGACGUGUUCCUGUUGCAGAGCGCAUACGACAAUUUGUACUCUGAAGUGCUACAAAACAUUUACCCAUAA